AUGCUCACCAUCAGACGUCUCGGGAAUUCUUCUUGGUUCAAUGUUGCAGGUGUUUUUGCCGUAACGCACACGUCCGUUGAUGAACCCGAUUGGGACAAGAAGACCGUUGCAUUGAUGACUCAGGGGAAGUACUACGUUGCCGGCGGCUUGAAGGGUAUCGAGGAUCACGCAUGUGUCAGGUUGACUUAUCGGGGCGAACGUUUGAAUAAGUUGGGCUACGGCAAAUUUUACGUGUUGAAAGGUUUCCUUGUUGGGGCUAAGAGGCACGAAAUGCCCUUCUUCAUGGUUGAUGUCAAUGACAAAAAGGAGGUCCCAAAACCCAACCCGGAAGGAAUGGUAUCAGUGAUGGUAAAACACAAUGGCAUCAACGAGAACGAUCCGGACAAUGAGAGCAUGGUCGUCAAGUACGUGGUUCCGCAACACUUAAUUUCAGGCCAAGCGGUUGACGUUUUCGCGGUGGGAAGGCAAAUUUUAUUUCGUGGAACGUUGGCCGGUUGGAAUAGAGAGCUAGACAUGGUCAGAGUCAAGGUAUCGGGUGGCGCUCUUGAUGUGGAAGCAUUAAGCGACUAG